AUGGCGUCAGGGGGGGGGGGGGGGGGGGGGGGGGGGGGGGGGGGGGGGGGGGGGGGGGGGGGGGGGGGGGGGGGGGGGGGGGGGGGGGGGGGGGGGGGGGGGGGGGGGGGGGGGGGGGGGGGGGGGGGGGGGGGGGGGGGGGGGGGGGGGGGGGGGGCGGGGGGGGGGGGGGGGGGCGGGGGGGGGGGGGGGGGGGGGGGGGGGGGGGGGGGGGGGGGGGGGGGGGGGCGGGGGGGGGGGGGGGGGGGGGGGGGGGGGGGGGGGGGGGGGGGGGGGGGGGGGGGGGGGGGGGGGCGGGGGGGGGGGGGGGGGGGGGGGGGGGGGGGGGGGGGGGGGGGGGGGGGGGCGGGGGGGGGGGGGGGGGGGGGGGGGGGGGGGGGGGGGGGGGGGGGGGGGGGGGGGGGGGGGGGGGGGCGGGGGGGGGGGGGGGGGGGGGGGGGGGGGGGGGGGGGGGGGGGGGGGGGGGGGGGGGGGGGGGGGGGGGGGGGGGGGGGGGGGGGGGGGGGGGGGGCGGGGGGGGGGGGGGGGGGGGGGGGGGGGGGGGGGGGGGGGGGGGGGGGGGGGGGGGGGGGGGGGGGGGGGGGGGGGGGGGGGGGGGGGCGGGGGGGGGGGGGGGGGGGGCGGGGGGGGGGGGGGGGGGGGGGGGGGGGGGGGGGGGGGGGGGGGGGGGGGGGGGGGGGGGGGGGGGGGGGGGGGGGGGGGGGGGGGGGGGGGGGGGGGGGGGGGGGGGGGGGGGGGGGGGGGGGGGGGGGGGCGGGGGGGGGGGGGGCGGGGGGGGGGGGGGGGGGGGGGGGGGGGGGGGGGGGGGGGGGGGGGGGGGGGGGGGGGGGGGGGGGGGGGGCGGGGGGGGGGGGGGGGGGGGGGGGGGGGGGGGGGGGGGGGGGGGCGGGGGGGGGGGGGGGGGGGGGGGGGGGGGGGGGGGGGGGGGGGGGGGGGGGGGGGGGGGGGGGGGGGGCGGGGGGGGGGGCGGGGGGGGGGGGGGGGGGGGGGGGGGGCGGGGGGGGGGGGGGGGGGGGGGGGGGGGGGGCGGGGGGGGGGGGGGGGGGGGGGGGGGGGGGGGGGGGGGGGGGGGGGGGGGGGGGGGGGGGGGGGGGGGGGGGGGGGGGGGGGGGGGGGGGCGGGGGGGGGGGGGGGGGGGGGGGGGGGGGGGGGGGGGGGGGGGCGGGGGGGGGGGGGGGGGGGGGGGGGGGGGGGGGGGGGGGGGGGGGGGGGGGGGGGGGGGGGGGGGGGGGGGGGGGGGGGGGGGGGGGGGGGGGGGGGGGGGGGGGGGGGGGGGCGGGGGGGGGGGGGGGGGGGGGGGGGGGGGGGCGGGGGGGGGGGGGGGGGGGGGGGGGGGGGGGGGGGGGGGGGGGGGGGGGGGGGGGGGGGGGGGGGGGGGGGGGGGGGGGGGGGGGGGGGGGGGGGGGGGGGGGGGGGGGGGGGGGGGGGGGGGGGGGGGGGGGGGGGGGGGGGGGGGGGGGGGGGGGGGGGGCGGGGGGGGGGGGGGGGGGGGGGGGGGGGGGGGGGGGGGGGGGGGGGGGGGGGGGGGGGGGGGGGGGGGGGGGGGGGCGGGGGGGGGGGGGGGGGGGGGGGGGGGGGGGGGGGGGGGGGGCGGGGGGGGGGGGGGGGGGGGGGGGGGGGGGGGGGGGGGCGGGGGGGGGGGGGGGGGGGGGGGGGGGGGGGGGGGGGGGGGGGGGGGGGGGGGGGGGGGGGGGGGGGGGGGGGGGGGGGGGGGGGGGGGGCGGGGGGGGGGGGGGGGGGGGGGGGGGGGGGGGGGGGGGGGGGGCGGGGGGGGGGGGGGGGGGGGGGGGGGGGGGGGGGGGGGGGGGGGGGGGGGGGGGGGGGGGGGGGGGGGGGGGGGGGGGGGGGGGGGGGGGCGGGGGGGGGGGGGGCGGGGGGGGGGGGGGGGGGGGCGGGGGGGGGGGGGGGGGGGGGGGGGGGGGGGGGGGGGGGGGGGGGGGGGGGGGGGGGGGGCGGGGGGGGGGGGGGGGGGGGGGGGGGGGGGGGGGGGGGGGGGGGGGGGGGGGGGGGGGGGGGGCGGGGGGGGGGGGGGGGGGGGGGGGGGGGGGGGGGGGGGGGGGCGGGGGGGGGGGGGGGGGGGGGGGGGGGGGGGGGGGGGGGGGGGGGGGGGGGGGGGGCGGGGGGGGGGGGGGGGGGGGGGGGGGGGGGGGGGGGGGGGGGGGGGGGGGGCGGGGGGGGGGGGGGGGGGGCGGGGGGGGGGGGGGGGGGGGGGGGGGCGGGGGGGGGGGGGGGGGGGGGGGGGGGGGGGGGGGGGGGGGGGGGGGCGGGGGGGGGGGGGGGGGGGGGGGGGGGGGGGGGGGGGGGGGCGGGGGGGGGGGGGGGGGGGGGGGGGGGGGGGGCGGGGGGGGGGGGGGGGGGGGGGGGGCGGGGGGGGGGGGGGGGGGGGGGGGGGGGGGGGGGGGCGGGGGGGGGGGGGGGGGGGGGGGGGCGGGGGGGGGGGGGGGGGGGGGGGGGGGGGGCGGGGGGGGGGGGGGGGGGGGGGGGGGGGGGGGGGGGGGGGGGGGGGGGGGGGGGGGGGGGGGGGGGGGGGGGGGGGGCGGGGGGGGGGGGGGGGGGGGGGGGGGCGGGGGGGGGGGGGGGGGGGGGGGGGGGGGGGGGGGGGGGGGGGGGGGGGGGGGGGGGGGGGGGGGGGGGGGGGGGGGGGGGGGGGGGGGGGGGGGGGGGGGGGGGGGGGCGGGGGGGGGGGGGGGGGGGGGCGGGGGGGGGGGGGGGGGGGGGGGGGGGGGGGGGGGGGGGGGGGGCGGGGGGGGGGGGGGGGGGGGGGGGGGGGGGGGGGGGGGCGGGGGGGGGGGGGGGGGGGGGGGGGGGGGGGGGGGGGGGGGGGGGCGGGGGGGGGGGGGGGGGGGGGGGGGGGGGGGGGGGGGGGGGGGGGGGGGGGGGGGGGGGGGGCGGGGGGGGGGGGGGGGGGGGGGGGGGGGGGGGGGGGGGGGGGGGGGGGGGGGGGGGGGGGGGGGGGGGGGGGGGGGGGGGGGGGGGGGGGGGGGGGCGGGGGGGGGGGGGGGGGGGGGGGGGGGGGCGGGGGGGGGGGGGGGGGGGGGGGGGGGGGGGGGGGGGGGGGGGGGGGGGGGGGGGGGGGGGGGGGGGGGGGGGGGGGGGGGGGGGGGGGGGGGGGGGGGGGGGGGGGGGGGGGCGGGGGGGGGGGGGGGGGGGGGGGGGGGGGGGGGGAGGCGGGGGGGGGGGGGGGGGGGGGGGGGGGGGGGGGGGGGGGGGGGGGCGGGGGGGGGGGGGGGGGGGGGGGGGGGGGGGGGGGGGGGGGGGGGGGGGGGGGGGGGGGGGGGGGGGGGGGGGGGGGGGGGGGGGGGGGGGGGGGGGGGGGGGGGGGGGGCGGGGGGGGGGGGGGGGGGGGGGGGGGGGGGGGGGGGGGGGGGGCGGGGGGGGGGGGGGGGGGGGGGGGGGGGGGGGGGGGGGGGGGCGGGGGGGGGGGGGGGGGGGGGGGGGGGGGGGGGGGGGGGGGGGGGGGGGGGGGGGGGGGGGGGGGGGGCGGGGGGGGGGGGGGGGGGGGGGGGGGGGGGGGGGGGGGGGGGGGGGGGGGGGGGGGGGGGGGGGGGGGGGGGGGGGGGGGGGGGGGGCGGGGGGGGGGGGGGGGGGGGGGGGGGGGGGGGGGGGGGGGGGGGGGGGGGGGGGGGGGGGGGGGCGGGGGGGGGGGGGGGGGGGGGGGGGGGGGGGGGGGGGGGGGGGGGGGGGGGGGGGGGGGGCGGGGGGGGGGGGGGGGGGGGGGGGGGGGGGGGGGGGGGGGGGGGGGGGGGGGGGGGGGGGGGGGGGGGGGGGGGGGGGGGGGGGGGGGCGGGGGGGGGGGGGGGGGGGGGGGGGGGGGGGGGGGGGGGGGGGGGGGGGGGGGGGGGGGGGGGGGGGGGGGGGGGGGGGGGGGGGGGGGGGGGCGGGGGGGGGGGGGGGGGGGGGGGGGGGGGGGGGGGGGGGGGGGGGGGGGGGGGGGGGGGGGGGGGGGGGGGGGGGGGGGGGGGGGGGGGGGGGGGGGGGGGGGGGGGGCGGGGGGGGGGGGGGGGGGGGGGGGGGGGGGGGGGGGGGGGGGGGGGGGGGGGGGGGGGGGGGGGGGGCGGGGGGGGGGGGGGGGGGGGGGGGGGGGGGGGGGGGGGGGGGGGGGGGGGGGGGGGGGGGGGCGGGGGGGGGGGGGGGGGGGGGGGGGGGGGGGGGGGGGGGGGGGGGGGGGGGGGGGGGGGGGGGGGGGGGGGGGGGGGGGGGGGGCGGGGGGGGGGGGGGGGGGGGGGGGGGGGGGGGGGGGGGGGGGGGGGGGGGGGGGGGGGGGGGGGGGGGGGGGGGGGGGGGGGGGGGGGGGGGGGGGGGGGGGGGGGGGGGGGGGGGGGGGGGGGGGGGGGGGCGGGGGGGGGGGGGGGGGGGGGGGGGGGGGGGGGGGGGGGGGGGGGGGGGGGGGGGGGGGGCGGGGGGGGGGGGGGGGGGGGGGGGGGGGGGGGGGGGGGGGGGGGGGGGGGGGGGGGGGGGGGGGCGGGGGGGGGGGGGGGGGGGGGGGGGGGGGCGGGGGGGGGGGGGGGGGGGGGGGGGGGGGGGGGGGGGGGGGGGGGGGGGGGGGGGGGGGGGGGCGGGGGGGGGGGGGGGGGGGGGGGGGGGGGGGGGGGGGGGGGGGGGGGGGGGGGGGGGGGGGGGGGGGGGGGGGGGGGGGGGGGGGGGGGGGGGGGGGGGGGGGGGGGGGGGGGGGGGGGGGGGGGGGGGGGGGGGGGGGGGGGGGGGGGGGGGGGGGGGGGGGGGGGGGGGGGGGGGGGGGGGGGGGGGGGGGGGGGGGGGGCGGGGGGGGGGGGGGGGGGGGGGGGGGGGGGGGGGGGGGGGGGGGGGGGGGGGGGGGGGGGGGGGGGGGGGGGGGGGGGGGGGGGGCGGGGGGGGGGGGGGGGGGGGGGCGGGGGGGGGGGGGGGGGGGGGGGGGGGGGGGGGGGGGGGGGGGGGGGGGGGGCGGGGGGGGGGGGGGGGGGGGGGGGGGGGGGGGGGGGGGGGGGGGGGGGGGGGGGGGGGGGGGGGGGGGGGGGGGGGGGGGGGGGGGGGGGGGGGGGGGGGGGGGGGGGGGGGGGGGGCGGGGGGGGGGGGGGGGGGGGGGGGGGGGGGGGGGGGGGGGGGGGGGGGGGGGGGGGGGGGGGGGGGGGGGGGGGGGGGGGGGGGGGGGGGGGGGGGGGGGCGGGGGGGGGGGGGGGGGGGGGGGGGGGGGGGGGGGGGGGGGGGGCGGGGGGGGGGGGGGGGGGGGGGGGGGGGGGGGGGGGGGGGGGGGGGGCGGGGGGGGGGGGGGGGGGGGGGGGGGGGGGGGGGGGGGGGGGGGGGGGGGGGGGGGGGGGGGGGGGGGGGGGGGGGGGGGGGGGGGGGGGGGGGGGGGGGGGGGGGGGCUUGGAUGCAUAUUUGAUCACGCCUUCACAGUUGGCGUUGACGAAUUGGUACUGA